AUGGCGGCCUUGUGUAGGGUCGUGCCCAGGCGUCUGUCCGGACUUCGUUUCUCCUCCCGGGGCUUCUGCUCGGACUCUGCCGCGGACAAGCCUCGCUCCGGAUUCGCCGCCGCCUUCCAGCAGCAGUCAGAGCUCCGGCGGGGGGCGGACAGCUCCGCGGCCGGGCCGGGGCCCGCCAGCUCCGGUCAGGAGGAGAGCUUCGCAUCGCUUCUCCGCCGGUCCCCGUUCAUCCAGAUGGGUCCGCCCCGGGAUAAGGUGGUGGUCGGUCGGAUCUUUCACGUGGUCGGGGACGACCUGUACGUGGACUUCGGGGGGAAGUUUCACUGCGUCUGUCGGCGGCCCGCGACCGGGGGCGAGAAGCUGCACCGGGGCAGCAGGGUCCGCCUGCGGCUGGUGGACCUGGAGCUCACCGCGCGCUUCCUGGGAGCUCAGACCGACACCACGCUGCUGGAGGCCGAGGCCGUGCUGCUGGGCCCGCUGGAGGGCCGAGAUGGACGGCCAGUGAGGGCGGAGGAUCAGGGAGCAGACUGAAGACUGAAACCCUCAGAGGGUCCCUGUGCAGGCCGCGACCGCUGUGUGGAGUUUGUAUGUUCUCUCGGUUCAGAAACUGUCUGGUGAUGGGCUGCUCACCUGCCUGGACCCACUGUGAGCAGGAGCUCCAGCACCCUGGACAGGAUUACCAUGGAUUAAACAAUCCUCUGUCAAACUUUGGCUCAGUUUUUCUUCAAAACCGCAUAAAAUAUAGUUUAACUUUGUAAAUCAGUGACUCUCCAGCUGUGAACUCUCUGAAACAUCAGCGUCAACUGUAAAGAUUGUAUUGUCAAUGCUGUUUCACUUAAAGCAACCUCAGUCUGUUGGUAUUUAAUGUUUUGUGAUGAUGCAGGUGUUUGUGGCUUCAGGUGAAAAUCAGACACAGUCAGCCGAUGGGUUUUGGUUUUUGGCUUUAAUGGAUUCAACCGUGAAACAUGAGCCCAGACUGAACCUGAACACCUCCGCCUGCUGCACUGACCGGUGAAAUAAAAGGCUCCAGUUUUACUGGAUUGGUGUGUGGUGAAAUAUAUAAUGAUGUACUACUGUAGUGUUGUACGUGACUUGCAGUUAUUACAUUGUCCCCCACUAAAACGCAUGGCCUGAGACAUUCAAUCACUGAUAAAUCAAACAAAUUUAAUUCAAAACAUUUGACAUUUAACCUUUCUAUUGUCAAAACGUGUUAUUAAAAAAAGGUUCUGGGUUUUUUCCAGGACUAUACCCUUUGAGUACAAUUAGAUAUUGAGUAGAUUUAUUCAAUUAUUGGUGCUUUAGAUUCUAUAACACCUGUUACCCUUUUAGGGGAAAAUGAGCUCUUGCUCCUAAUUCAAACCAACCUAUUAGUUUGCACCAGCAGUGGCUUCAGUUUUCAAUGGAGUCAGUUCACUUUUUUUUUCUAGCUGUGACUUUUAUUUGAAAUAAUUAACUGAAAUUUAAGACUUUGUAAACAUCUAACUUGGGCCCAUCUGCUCUUCCACACGUUGACAGUCUGAGAGCACAGUGGAAACAUGAGUAGCUUCAUUUCAGCCUGUCUUUUCUGAUAAAUAUUCCCUUUCUUGAUAUUGUGAUGAAGUAACUUUUGUUCUCUAACAAAUGCAUCAGAAAGAAAUCUUGACAUGUUUAAUGUCUGGAAUGAAGUAUGUACUUUAUACUGUUUAAAAGAUGGUCUAACUGGAAUUUACACAG